AUGAAUGUCGAGCAGAGGCCGGAGUCUUUGACCUCGAUUCACGGGAAAGUUAAUCCUACCACCAACCAUUAUGUAAAGAUCCAUGUUUGCCAGGCAUCCUAUGGAGAUUGUCUGGCCCUCGAGUUCGACCACGACUCGUCAAGUCCUGGUACCAUCGGCCUGACUACCUCCACGAAGGUUUUAGCUGAGAAGAUCACGAUCAAGAGGACCUACAAGAAUAAAGCUUCAGAAAAGGUCUUGGUCUCCACACGUCUUCUCCUAUCUCCAGAUCCGCAGCUUAAGAAGCAGCGGGAAAAGGACGAAAGCCGUCGCGUCAUCCUGAUUGAUGGGGGCCCGGCUCACUACGCUGCGCAUGGGAAACAUUUCACCAGUUCUACGCCGUCGCAUAACCUCUUCAAGAUGCUGAAUACUCUUGUUCCCCCUGGCAGCCCUAACAGGCUCGACACGUUGGUAAUCACACAUGACGAUGCCGACCAUAUCAAGAGGAACAAUCCAAGAACCACAGAAAGAGGGGAUGAGUAUGUAUUCUUCAGAGGUGCUGAAGCGCUCAAGCAUGGCCAUGCGCCUUUUGCGAACAUUUGGCACAACUCGGCAGCAACCAUACUCCGAACAGGACAGAACAAUAAAGAAAACAAAGGAUGGUUUGACAAGCACAUGUUUGGCAUGAAGAAUGGUUGGGAAAUUGACGACAACAACAUGCCAGAAUGCAAUGCAGAAUUUGGCACAUACCAAAUUGAUAACAAAGCGCACCGAUGGGCAUUGGCGGGGAACCUUCCGCUUCCCUCGACCAGCGUCUUCUCAUGGCGAGAACGAACCGUAGUCAUCUCGAAUUUAGAUUCCUCUCGCCGAACAGCCAGCAACUAAAUGAUCUGGUAUCAGCAUACAACCAACCGAAAAAACUACCGAAAAAAGGUACGAAGCAGAACACGAAAGGGUACGAGAAGGCGAAGAUAAUGAAGGUAG